AUGGGGGACAAGGAAAAACUGCUAAUUUCCGAAUCCGAAGGGACUGGCAGCAAAAUAUUAACCAAGAAGUCUACUUCCAAGGUACCUUGGUAUCUUGCAACUGGAUUCUUACUGUUCUGGGGACUUCUCUUUUUUGCCAUCGUAAUUCCAUUUUUCAAUCGCUUACCCACGGCUCGUACACUGGAUGACGCUGACAAAAAUGUCUUCAUUGCCGAACGAGCGUACAAAAAUCUAUACACCCUAUCGAAUAUUGGUUACAAACUGACUGGCAGCAAGGAAAACGAGAUCGAAGCAGUGCAAUUUCUUCUCAAUGAACUCGAAGACAUCAAGGAAACUUCGCUCAAAGACUUUUUCGAUAUGGAAAUAGAUUUAUCACAAGCCUCAGGAUCGUAUCCAUAUAAAAAUUUGUUGAAUAUGUAUCAAGGUGUUCAAAAUAUUGCUGUUAAACUGGCUCCAAAGAACUGCACGUCUGAGACGUACCUCCUCGUCAACAGCCACUUCGACUCGAAGCCUUUCACUCCGUCUGCCGGCGAUGCAGGAUUCAUGAUAGUCACGAUGUUGGAGGUUUUACGUGUGAUUUCAACGACAAGGGAAACCUUUCAGCAUCCGAUUGUCUUCUUAUUUAAUGGAGCCGAAGAAGGCAUGAUGGAGGCAUCGCACGGAUUUAUUACUCAACACAAAUGGGCUCCAAAGUGCAAGGCUGUUAUUAAUCUUGAAGGCGUUGGUGGCGGAGGUCGAGAGGUUUUAUUUCAAAGCGGGCCCAAUCAUUCAUGGCUUUUAAAUUAUUACAAAAAAUACGUAAAAUAUCCAUUUGCUACCGUUGUCGCCGAAGAAGUCUUCCAAUCAGGCGUUAUACCAUCGGAUUCAGACUUCACUCAAUUUAGAAAAUAUGGCAACGUGCCAGGUUUGGAUAUAAUUCAACUUACAAAUGGAUAUAUCUAUCACACAAUAUAUGACGUGAUCGACGAGAUUCCUCGCGAAGCCUUACAGAACUCAGGAGACAACAUACUUAGCUUAGUUCGAGGCUUCGCCAAUGCAACAGAACUGCACGAUACAAAGGUAUUCUUCUACAUUAUUGUUAAUAUAUUAAUAAUAAACUGA